AUGGAAGCAGCAGCAGGAAUAACAGCUCAUGCAAAUCAGCGCAUUGUAUUUACCGGAGGCUCGGGGAAAGCAGGGCGCCACGUGAUAUCCUACUUGAUUCAACACGGCUAUGAAGUUCUUAACCUUGACCUUAUGCCGUUGCCGAGCGAUAUUUCCAAUGUCCACACUAUCAAGACGGACCUAACACAGAGCGGCCAAGUAUUUAAUGGAAUCUCAUCGCACUUCAAGCUCACGCAACCGUUCCGAGAACCCCUGCUUCGGCCGCCUGACGCGGUGGUACACUUUGGAGCUUAUGCUCGGAACAUGAUUGUGCCAGAUGAUGAAACAUUUAGGGUCAAUGUUCUUGCAACGUACAAUGUCAUUGAAGCGGCGUGCAAGCUCGGUGUGAAGAAGAUUAUCGUCGCCAGCAGUAUUGCGACGUACGGAGUCACUUUUGCCGAGGGAGACGUUGACUACCUCUCCUUUCCAAUUGAAGAAAUUCUUAAUGUUGAGCCCAUGGAUACGUAUGCCAUCUCAAAGCUUUGCGGUGAAAUCGUGGCGAGGGGCUUUGCGCGAAGAUUUGGCGUGGAUAUCUACAUGUUGAGAUUGGGAAACAUUAUUGCACCGGAGGAACAUGAAGCAGCUUUUCGCGCAUACGUGGAAGAACCAGGCGCUUGGAAAGGCCAUGGAUGGUCGUAUAUCGAUGUGAGGGAUUUGGGUCAGAUGUGUGACUUGUGUGUGAAAAAAGAUGGUCUUGGAUUUCAAAUUUUCAAUGCCACCAACGAUGAAAUCACGAAUGCGAAUCCAACCGAAGAGUUUCUUAAGAAAGAGUGCCCUCGCACACUUUUCACACGGGAGAUGGGUAAGCACGAGGCUCCAGUCAGCAAUAGGAAGGCGAAAGAACUUUUAGGGUUCAAGGAGAAACACGGUUGGCGGAGUGCUUAUAUCACAACCGGGGCCCCAAAAAUGUCUAAUGCAAAUUGA